CAGUUUUAUUUGCGUACUCACUUUUACGAGUAAUCAAAAUAACUGAUAAGACAGGGCUUGUUUUAUGAAAUCUCAAGUCGUUCUUCGAAGAGUAACUUAGUCUUAGUUAAACAUUCGAACUGUGCAGAACAUUUUAAUAAAGUCAAAGUAAUAAAAUAAAUAUAUAAAAACAAAAUGCUAAAGGUUACAUUUUUGCUAAUAACUCUGGUAAUUGGGUCAAUAGAAGCAGCCAAAAUGGUCUGCUAUUAUGACUCAGCGAGUCAAUUUAGAGAAGGUCCAGCAAAAUUAACACUACAAGAUUUGGAACCAGCUUUGCAAUUUUGUAAUUAUCUCGUUUACGGUUACGCCGCUAUUGAUCCAGAAACUUAUCAAUUAAAGCCGCUGCACAAAAAUUUGGACAUAACACUAAAUCAUUACCGUAAUAUCACCAACUUGCGACGCAACCAUCCGGAGCUUUUAAUACUGCUCUCGGUUGGUGGAGAUCGUGAUUUGUUUGAGGAAACACCAAGCAGUUCAUAUCUCAGCGUGCUGGAGAAUCAGGCACAUCGAAACGCGUUUAUUAACAGCGCCAUAGCGCAUUUGAAAACAUACGAUUUUGAUGGCUUGGACUUGGCAUGGCAGUUCCCUAAAAAUAAGCCAAAAAUAGUCGAACAUAUAAUUAGACGAUUCUGGAGAAAAUUCAAAGGUUGGUUCUCUUCACCGAAACUUGUCGAUGAAAACGCUGCCGAGCACAAAGAACAGUUCACCACGUUGGUGCGAGAGUUGACAGACGCUUUAAAGUUUGAUGGACUUAUCUUGACAUUAACCAUGCUGCCGCAUGUGGACCCUAAACUUUUCAUUGAUGUCCCAGCGAUUAUCGGCAAUGUGGAUUUCGUCAAUCUUGGUAGCUAUGACUUCCAAACACCAGAUCGCGAUCCUAAAGUCGCUGAUCAUAGUGCGCCCAUAUAUGAAAUGUUUGAACGCGAUCCCACCCACAAUAUUGACUACCAAGUACAGUAUUGGCUCAAUAACUCAGCACCCAGUAAUAAAAUAAAUAUUGGUGUACCAGCUUAUGGUCUUACUUGGACUAUGUCAUGUAAGUCGGGUAUUACCGGUUAUCCGCCGAUUGAAAAAACACUGGGUAGAGGUGCUGCCGGCAAACAGUUACGCCAACCUGGUUUAAUGAGUUGGCCCGAAAUUUGUGAAAAACUACAGGCUGAUAAAGAAUUGGGCGGCGAAGAUGCGCUCUUACGCAAAGUUGGCGAUCCAAGACAACGUUAUGGCAGCUAUGCUUAUCGUGCAGCCGACAAGAAUGCACACAAUGGCCUGUGGAUAAGCUAUGAGGAACCCAGCACUGCAGCAACUAAGGCAAGCUAUGUAUUCGCAAAGGGUUUGGGUGGCGUUGCUUUGUUCGAUUUGUCGCUGGACGAUUUUCGCGGCCAUUGUGCCGGUGAUAAAUACCCGAUACUGAGAAGCAUUAAAUUUAAAUUGUAAAUGUAAUUCUUUGUUAAUUAAAUAGUAUUAAAAUGAGAGUGUAAAAACUAGAGACUAUAA